GGAAGUUCAGGUAUGGACUAAGAAAAUAACUUAAUCAUAUAAUUGUCGUGAAUUAGUAUACACGGAAGCAAACGGUGAGAGCGUCGGGGCCACAGAAAUGUCGGAUGCUAGGGAUAUAUGGAACCAUCCCUACUACAACAUGGCGACAAUGGUGACGAGUUUUAUGGGCCAGUGGCCCUAUCAGUCCACAAGGAUACACGUGGCAGCUGCUGUAAUGACUUUUUCUAUUAUCGGCAUGAUGGACAUCGCACAGAUAUCCGCUCUUUGGGUAAAUCGGGGCGAUUUCCUGGUUCUUCUGGACUGCAUCGCGCCCCUUAUCAUUGAUGUUGCGUUGGUAACAAAAUACGUGAAUAAUUGUUAUCAUUAUCGCAUGAUGGUUUACCUUUUGGAGAAAAUGAAGUACAACUGGAAUAUUUUUCCAAAAAAUAAUGGACUUCAUGUGCUUCAUGAAUACAGUACUUUCGGGAAAAAAUUCAUGAGGAUAUACAUGACGGCGAUAUGGUUGAGUGUUGUAAGUUACAUAACUGAACCAUUGCAGGAGAGAUUGAUGGUUCAUCUUCUGUAUCCUAACGUCACAUUACCAAAGCGAUUUUCGAUGCCCUUCGAAUUUGGCCCUAUCGAUGUGGACACGUGGUAUUAUCAGCUCUGGUGUGCAACAUCAUUUGGUAUUUUGACGCGUAUGACAGUCAUCGGUUCAUGUGAUUUAUUGAUGUUCAUAUUUGCUGAACAUACAAAUGGAUUACUCAGGGGAUUGGGAUAUGCCAUUGAACAUCUGCCUCCGUACGACGAGUCUGCAAGUAAUGACGAAAGUUUUGACUACAUGAGACGCUGUAUAAUCACUCAUAGCCGGGCGAUAGAAUUUGCAGAACACGUCAGAGACAUUUACCUGUGGUCUUUCUUUGGAGUGAUCGGAUUCAAUAUGAUCCUGAUGAGUAUCACUGGUGUGCAAAUAGUGAAUAAUAUGGAUGAUUCUAAAAAGCUGAUCAAGUUCGUCGUCAACAUGAUAAUGCAGAUGAUGCACCUCUUUGUCGAGUGUUUGGUAGCUCAACGAGUUAUGGACGCCAGUUUCGACCUGAAGGAGACUAUAACAAAUGCAAAGUGGUAUGACGCUUCGACAAAGACCCAGAAAUUGAUACCUCUGAUGCUGUUGAGGGCUCAAAAUCCGGUGGUGUUGACUGCUGGAAAAGUAAUUGUUAUGGGUAUGGAUACCUAUGCUGUGGUGCUGAAAACAGCGGCUUCUUAUUUUACGGUUUUCGUGGCAAUGCAAUAGGACAACAUCGUGGCUGUCGUUCUUUUUCUUCAAUGGUCUCGUUGGAUAAAAUAGCAAAACUUCAUUGAAUAGUUCUCCAUUAGAUAAUCU